GGCUCGACCGGAGACUUCAAUCGAUUAGAAUUCUAUUAAAAAAACAUCUAAUCAUAAUUUUCACCUUUUUUUUCUUUUUCUUUUCGGUCUUCUGGCGCGGCCGGAACGCGAUUUUUCUUCCCUGGAUCCCCCCCCCCCUUCAGAAACUGUUGAGAAUAAAGAGGGUGGCAUCUAGAAAGAAGAAGGGAAGGAGGGUAUGAGGUGGUUUAUUGAGAGAUAAAGACGGGCCGGAGAGUUUUUCUUCUUUGGGUGGUACAAGAAGAAGAAGAAGAAGUUUCUUUUUUGGCUCUGGGUCUCUAUUGUAUUACACGGAAGAGAGCUUAGAGCGAAAAUGCUGGGCUACAACAGUCCAGGGAGGGUGAGAGUCUCGUAUAGUUCCAGGGAGAUGUAUAUAUGCAUGUCUAUAUCUAUCUAUCUCUUUCUAUCCAUCUAAUAUAAAAGAAGAGGGUGGUUUUAUAAGCGGGCGGCCCGUCGACAAUUUUCUUUUCUCAAGAUAACCCCCUCCUCUUACUAACCCCCCCACCACCACCCACCGUCCACCCCACACCGUGCCCACCGAAAAGUCACAAAGUCCUGCCCACUUUUCCAUCACAAAAACCGGAUACGAGGCACGACGCAAGCGCAUACGAAGCUCAGCUACUACAAAGUUCCACUACUACCGUGUCAGCUCCUCAUACGACUCGCCAGAGUCAGUCAGACUACUGUCAACCCCCCCCCCCGCCCGAUCCGUGCUGCUCCCCCCUCCUGUGUGUUUGAAGAAGAUCAAACAAACAAAACCAAAAAAAAAUCUUGUAACCGAAUCCAAUUUGUAUUUUCCCGCAUCUUUUUAUCGUGCAGACGUCCACCACCUUUUUCGGGCCGCAGUCGCAUCCGCCGCAGAGGUUUGAAUCGAACGGUUAAAGUGAUGUAACAAGAAGAAAAAUUAACAAUUAUUUGAAUCGCCCGCCGAGAAAAAAGAAACAAAACAAAAACACUCUAUAAAACCAACCAACCGUGUCGUCUUCUAGUGAAUGUAGUUUGCAUCUGGGCCCCUCAAUCAUCCAUCAAAAGAUGAUGAGAAGAGCAGCAGGAACUGGCGCCGUCGUUGCAGCAGCCGACCGACGUCGUCGACAUGGUGGCGGCUCCUUUCCCGCUUUAAUGCUGGGCAUGACCGUCGUUGUCGUCGCCGCCGUCCUGGCGACAUCUCCCGGCUCCUUAUUGCUACCAGGAGCCUCAGCCGCCGUCCAGACGACCGUCAAAAACGUCCAGCAACAGCAGCAGCAGCAGCAGCAACAACUACGUGUCAAACCGCAGCCGUCGCCGUCUGUCGCUUCUUCCGGCCUUCCGGUUCCGGAUCUUCUAGAAUCACCCGACGCCAAAUACGACCCCAAACCCAAAGAUAUCGACGCCGCCGCCCUCAGACUCAGACUCAAAGAUCAUUUCGACGGACGAUUUAUGUCGAUUGGACAGCCCAAGGAAGCCAUUCUGUAUCCGAACGGCACGGCCGAAUACCCGGUCCGCUACAACAACAAUUUGUCGCCCUCGAGGCGCAACGUCCCCGGCCGCUCAAAGUGGAACCUCGGCUCGCUGCAGCUGCCGGACGGCAGCCGAGUGCGGACGCGCCUGUCGCGCAAAGUCCGCAAGAAGUUGGAGAAAUUCCUCUGGCUCUACACUCAAUGCCCCGUCAUCUACCGGUGGAAGGAUCUCGGCUCGCGCUACUGGCCCCGCUGGAUCAAACAGGGACGAUGCCACGCCAACCAGUCGUGCUCCUUCCCGCCGGGAAUGACCUGCCGCGCCUCCGAAGAGCGUGAAGUCGUCAUUUUGCGCUGGCACUGCCAGUACUGGGAUCCGCCCCGCUUCUGCAAAUGGAUCCCUCUCCAUUACCCGAUCGUUCGGCAGUGCACCUGCGGCUGUUCGGCCACGAAAUCCAUCAAUUGAAUCUCCUUUUUUUAACUCUCUCUCUCUAUCUAUCUCUGAUUUUGAAUUUCCCGCGACAACAUAUUUUGAAAACUCCCCUCAACGAUUGGACGCAACAUUUUCUAAAAAAGAAGGAAAAACCAAAACGAAACUUUUUAUCAAAUAAUCAAAUGCCAGCUAUAAUACUCAUUGCACAUGCACAACCCACCCCCAAGUAACAGUUGCAUUCCCACUUUGACAACGUAAAAAAAAAAAAUCAAUCACAACCCAAAAAAGACAACAACAAUUGGCAUUCCACAAUUUCUCUCCCCUCCAC